GGUCGGAAAGAUUACGCGUGCGACAAGUGCGAGAAAAAAUUUGGACAUAAAUGGAGUUUGCUCAAACAUAAAAAAACCGUCCACGGAGGUAGUCAAAAUUACGCAUGUGAUCGUUGCGAGAAAAAAUUUGCACUAAAAUCAGAUUUGCUGAAGCACCAAAGGACAGUACACGAGGGUCGCAAAGAUUACGCGUGCGACAAGUGCGAGAAAAAAUUUGGACAUAAAUGGAAUUUGCGCUCACAUCAAAAAGCCGUGCACGAAGGUAGUCAAGAUUUCGCAUGUGAUGGUUGCGAACAGAAAUUUGGACGCAGAUGGGAUCUACUCAGACACCAAAAGAAAGUCCACAAAAGUCAGAAAGAAUAUGUAUGCAAAAACUGCGAGAAAAAAUUCGGACGAAAAGUUCAUUUGCUGAGGCACCAAAAGAUAGUUCACGAAGGUCUUAAAGAGUUCGCUUGUAACACGUGCGAAAAGAUAUAUGGUCGAAAAUCAGAUUUGCUCUUUCAUCAAACAAGAGUCCAUGAAGGUCGAAAGGAUUUCGCAUGUGAUGGUUGCGAACAGAAAUUUGGACGCAAAUAUGAUCUGCUUAGACACCAAAAAGCCAUCCACAAAAGUCAGAAAGAAUAUGUAUGCAAUAGCUGCGAACAGAAAUUUUCACACAAAUCGCACUUGCUCAGACACCAAAAAGUAGUUCACCAAGGUGAAAAGAAUUUCGCAUGCGACGUGUGCGACAAGAAAUUUGGACAAAGAUCAAAUUUGUCGAAACACAAAAGAGCAGUCCACGAAGGUCUGAAAAAGUACGCAUGCGAUAAGUGCGAUAAUAAGUUUGGACAAAAAUCGCAUUUGCUCUUCCACCAAAAGACGAUCCAUGAAGGUCGCAAAGAUUACGUAUGCAAGGAUUGCGAUAAGAUCUUUGGCGCUCACGGCAAUUUGCUCAAGCACCAAAGGACGGUCCAUGAAGGUCGCAGAAAUUACGAAUGCGACCAAUGCGAGAAAAAAUUUGGACAAAAAAUACAUUUGCUUAGACACCAAAAAACUAUUCAUGAAGGUGGCAUAGAUCACGCACGCGAUAUCAAGCAAGAAGAUGUUUGGACAAAAAUACAGCCUCAGACACCAACAUAUUUUCCAUUAUGGUACGUACCAAAUUACCUAAUUGACCAGAGUGGAGAGACAUUCGGAGAAGAAUCGUUUUCAUUCCAAGAAAACCAGGAUAUAUUCGCGACAGAAGAUCAUUUACAAUAGCCUCAAAGAAUUACUCAUUUUUUAUCAUGAUUAACUAUUUUGUAAUGAAAAGCCAUGAUAGAAAUGUACUCAUAAUUGGCUUAUCUACAUAUGAUUAUGUAUAUAAUUUUUACAUUUAUAAUAAAUUUUUAAGUCUUUGACUCA